ACAACGCUACCACCAGCAAUAAGCCCCUCUUGUUUGGAUUUUAUAAUGAAAGCAUAGUUGUUCCCAAGGAGAUUGAUAAAUUACAAAUGUAGGAAUUCUCUUUCCCUUUUUCAUUCCAAAGCGAGACCAAUAUUUUGCACUUCCAUAUUGCUUUAUCAGUUGAGAAAUAACCAUUUUACACAUUACUCUUCUUGUACCACAUGUUGAUGCCAAUAGUGAAAUGACGAUCUCGAUGGUGACACUAGAAACGCAGACAUUCCGCAUAUAUGGUCACAGGUACAACUUUCAAAUUUUAUUGGAGGUUUUGGUUCCUUCAGAUUUGAGAUUAUCUGUUGAUAAUGUCUAAAAAGGUGAACAAUAUUUCUAUUGGUUCCUUCAUAACGCUCAUGCUAGGAUGUGAACCUAUAUAUUUCCUCCUUCGUAGUUAUUUGUGAGGCAGAGAGAAACGCGUGCAGAGAGUUUGGGCUACAUAGUGCCUAACAAAGAGUUUUCAUCUGGCCACGGAAAGGAUGGCAAUGAAAGGAUGUCUUUCAGCUUUAGUGUUGUGGCUCCUUCUCCUCACCGUUCAGGUUUCCCUAGGGGACGAUGAAUUGAAGCUGAUAAAUGGAACUGGCCCCUGCUCAGGGAGAGUGGAAAUAAAACAUGAGGAUCAGUGGGGAACUGUGUGUGAUGGUGACUGGAAUAGAGAAGAUGCCGAGGUUGUUUGCAAGCAAGUUGGAUGUGGAUCUGCUGUUCAGGCCCUCAGCCGAGCUCCUUUUGGAGAAGGAUCUGGACCUACGUGGUUGUAUCGAGUAGAGUGCCGUGGUAAUGAAACUGCUCUCUGGAACUGUCCGCAUACAGGCUGGGAUGGCUUUACCUGCCCUCAUUAUUUUGAUGUUGGAGUGAUCUGCUCAGGUUUCUCAGGGCUGCAUCUGUCUGGAGGGGACACUGCCUGCUCAGGACACCUGAAAAUAAAGCAAGAAGAAACUUGGACUACGGUCUGUUACUCAUACAUUGAUUUCAAUGCUGCCUCUGUUAUAUGCAGUGAGCUAAGGUGUGGCCAGGCUGUGGAUGUCUUGAGAGGAGCUCACUUUAGAGGCACACAUGAAUUGAUCUGGCAAGAAAAGUUCCACUGUGUGGGGAAUGAGACUCACCUUGCACACUGUCCCAGGACGUUGCAGCACAGUAAGGUGUGCUCUCAUGAUGCUUAUGUUCUAUGUUCAGGCUAUGGCGGAUACAGGUUGUCAAAUGGCAGUUCCACAUGUUCAGGGAGAGUUGAGCUGCUUCAUGGAGGCUCAUGGGGAACACUCUGUGACUACUUGUGGAAUUUUCCAGCUGCCAAUGAUCUCUGCCAGCAUCUGGACUGUGGAGUUGCACUAUCAAUACCAGAUGGACAGUCCUAUGGAAGAGGAAAUGGGUCUUUCUGGAAUGGUACAUUCAGCUGUAAGAAGAACGGCUCAUACUCAAGAGACUGUUCUGUGAGCAUACUAGAUCAGAAUGAAUGCCCUGCUGGAAAUGUUGCUCGUGUGAUGUGCUCAGGGUGCCCAGGGGGCAGACUAGUGAAUGGCACCGCAUGCUCUGGCAGAGUGGAAAUCCGCCAUGGAGAUACAUGGGGAAGACUCUGCCGCUCCCACUGGAAUUUGCAGGCUGCUAACGUUCUUUGCUAUCAGCUCAACUGUGGCUAUGCAAAGUCAAUCCAGACAGGAGACAGUUUUGUGGAUGGGAAUGAACCUGUAUGGAGAGAUGCUUUUCACUGUGAAGGGACAGAGUCCUGCCUGUGGGAUUGUGCUCAAGUGACUUUGGGCAAUCCAACUUGUUCAGCCAAAGAAGUAGCCACUGUUGUUUGCUCAGGUCUUGCUGAAUCACUCAGACUCUCAGAUGGUCAGAGCCGCUGUGAUGGGCGUGUUGAAAUCUCCCUCGAUGGCACGUGGGGCAGAGUCCUAGAUGACGACUGGAACAUCAAAGAUGCUCAUGUGGUAUGCAGACAGCUCCAAUGUGGAAUAGCAAAGAGAGCCUAUUACCUUCCAAGAUCUGAACGAGGUAUCGGUCCUGUGGGCUUAAGAAGUGUCCAAUGUGAUGGAAAUGAGACUCAGCUAGUGCUCUGCAAGACCUCCCAUUCUCAGGCGCUGUCAGCAGGAAUUGCUGAAGAUGUUGGUGUGAUUUGCUCUGAGAGCCGGCAGAUCAGGCUGGUGAAUGGAACAAAACGCUGUGCUGGGAGAGUGGAGCUUUAUCAUGAUGGCAUCUGGGGCACUGUCUGUGAUGAUAACUGGGAUCUAUCAGAUGCAAAUGUUAUUUGCAGACAGCUGGGAUGUGGAUAUGCCAUCAAGGCAUUAGGCUCUGCUCACUAUGGAAAAGGCUCAGGACAAAUCUGGCUGGAUGAUGUGAACUGCACUGGGUCUGAAUCCAAUAUCUGGCAAUGUCCCUCUAGGGCAUGGGGUCAUCACAACUGCCAACACAAAGAGGAUGCUGGAGUCCUAUGCUCAGAGUUCCUGGCUCUAAGGCUGGUGAAUGGCAAUGGCUGUGCUGGAAGGCUAGAAGUUUUCUACAAUGGGACAUGGGGGAGCAUUUGCUCCAAUCGUAUGUCUCAACUCACAGCAGUAACUGUAUGCAAACACCUGAACUGUGGAGAUGUUGGGGAAAUUGAAAGAGAUUUCAAAUAUGGCAGAGGUUCUGGGCCCACAUGGCUGGAUCACAUUGAGUGCACUGAGCAACACAGCUCUCUCUGGCAAUGUCAGUCAGACCCUUGGAAUCCUCAGUCAUGUGAUAACCGAGCAGAAGAAACCCAUAUUUCUUGCAUUGGAAGAAAAGGAACAAUGACUCCAGCUACAUUUACUGAGUGUCCAAACUCUACAAGUUGCUCAGACAAGGAGAAGUUACGUGUUGUAGGAGGAGAGGAUGCGUGCUCAGGAAGAGUGGAGAUUUGGCAUCAGGGUUCCUGGGGAACAAUCUGUGAUGAUUCCUGGGAUGUGGCAGAUGCUAAUGUUGUAUGCAGGCAACUGGGUUGUGGUUCCGCUGUGUCUGCUCUGAGUGAAGCUGCCUUUGGGGAAGGGACAGGUCCCAUCUGGCUGGAGAAGGUCCACUGUAAAGGAACAGAACUGUCACUUUGGGACUGUCCUUCCAAGCCCUUGCUUGGCAAAAACUGUGAUCACAAGGAAGAUGCUGCCGUGGAUUGCUCAGGUGUGACAGAAACAACAGCAGCUUCCACUAGAGCAGCUUCACCCCGCCGCUCAGUGACAAACAACACGAGAGCUUCAGCACCUGUCAUCCUCUGCAUCAUCCUGGGGGCCCUCCUCUGCCUGGUUCUCGCCAUUCUCGCUGGACAGAUCCAAAGAGCCAGGGCACAGCACAGAGGUGUGCGAUCCUAUGACUCCUUCAAUGAGGUUGUCUAUGAGGAGAUUGACUACAAACUGCUGAAGGAACAGCAAGGGAUGUCUGGCCUCUCAGGUAUGUGUGUCUUGUUCUCAUCAAGAGAAACAAACUAAAGCUCAUUUCUUCUGGUGGCCUCAGUAUGAAACUGUGCAGCUCACACAUUUACCAGGAAACGAAACAGUUCCUACACUUGAGUUUCCUGUCCUGUGUAUUCUACUAAUUCUUCUCUAAGGGAUAAUUCAUUUUGUGCUGUUCCCAUUGCAGCCAGAGAACAUGGUUCAGCAUGCCAGCCUCCCAAACCCUUACUCCUCACCCCACCCACUCCCUCACAAAAAAAAAAGCUUUUGCUACAGGUGUGAUCUUCAACCUGUUUUUCACAUGAUGCAGUUGAGCAGCUUAGGAGAGUUUGCUCUGACAUCACACUUCCUCAUUUGCCUACUUUCUUAUUCAGAGGGUUCCACAAAUGAACGAUUCUAUGGUGGAGACUGUGACAAAGAAAGUAGUCCUGAAGCAAUUCAAGGCAAUGCAAGAUAGGGAUCCUACAAAGAAAGAGACUUCUAAUUUCCAAAGCAUUGUUGAAAACACCUUUUUCUUGCUGCGCUUCAUGUUGAAUAGUGAUGUUAGAAGAAAGCCAAAAAUUUUUGUUUAAUUUCUUUUGUGGAAGUGCGUCAUAAUCUUUACAUGAGAAGCUGAAAAUAAAAGAAAUCUUUGUUGGUGGUAUUUCACUCUUCACAGGAUUGAGCCACUAGAAACUAUAUCUGUAAUACCAAGCAAACUGUUGCUUAAUUUCUUUCAUGAUGGGAGGGAUUAAGACAGGAAAAAAAAAAACAAAAAAACCAAACAUAUUAUUGGAGUUGAAUAGGAAAUUUUUACCCCAGUGAUGAAAAAAUGCAAUCUGCCAGAUAUGCAGAGAAGCACUGUAUUUUCUUAGUGAUAAUCAAGACACUCACAUAAAUAUUGCCUUCUCUCAGAUAAAUCUAUUGCCAAAAGCACAACCAGUUUUGGUCUUCAGCAGCCCAUAUUUCUAAUUCUCUGCUGUAAUGUCUUUUAUUUUCUAUUGGUUUUAUUAUA